CCCACAUUAGAAGCAUCAAUUGAUAAGUGUUGAUCAGAGAGAUACCAUUCUCCCCGCCAAAAGGGGGUACUUGAUUAUAAGCACCAAGAAACUUAGGCAUAUCAACUCAUCACUCAUGAAUUUAAUUACUUGUUCUCUCUCCUUCUCUCUAUUUACCUUGUCUUGCUAUAGUCUUCAUAUAUUUUUUAAGGGGAGUUAGUAUCAUCCAUGGCUCCUAGUACUAUUAUAACGAGAACGUUUGGUGCUAUUGUAUCUGCCAUAGCUUACUACUGCUGUUACUUUCGCUUUCCAAACAAAACCACCCAAAAAAGCAGCAGCAGCAGCAUCAACCACCACCUCCACAACAUGCCCAAGCAGGGUCGUCCACUUUCUUUGCAGACUGUGGAGCUCAAAGUCAGGAUGUGCUGCCCCGGCUGCGAAAGGGUUGUAAAAAACGCCAUCUACAAGCUUAGAAGGAUUGAUUCAGUGGAGGUGGACUUAGAGAUGGAGAGGGUGACGGUGGUGGGGUACGUGGACCAUAACAAGGUGUUGAAGGCGGUGAGGAGGGCAGGGAAGAGGGCUGAGUUCUGGCCAUACCCUGACCCACCUUUGUACUUCACAUCUGCUGAAAACUAUUUCAAGGAUACAACUAAAGAGUUCAAAAAGAGUUACAAUUAUUAUCGCCAUGGCUACAACAUCGGUCACCGCCACGGAAAUAUUCCGAUCAAUCGCCGGGGAGACGACACGAUUAGCAACAUGUUCAACGACGACAACGUUAAUGCUUGCUGUCUCAUGUAAUAAUCUUACCAAUUAGAUGCCUACCAUCAUCAAAUAUUUAUGAUUGUUCUUGUCA